AUGUCACCACCAUUGUGCCACCACCAUUGUGCCACCAUCAUUGUGCCACAUCGCUAUUUGACCAUCAUUGUGCCACCACCAUUGUGCCACCACCGUUGUGUCACCACCAUUGUGCCACCGUCAUUGUGUCACCACCAUUGUGUCACCACCAUUGUGCCACCAUCAUUGUGUCACCAUCAUUGUGCCACCGUCAUUGUGCCACCAUCAUUGUGUCACCACCAUUGUGCCACCAUCAUUGUGGCUCCAUCAUUGUGUCACCACCAUUGUGCCACCAUUAUUGUGUCACCACCAUUGUGCCACCACCUUUGUGUCACCAUCAUUGUGCCACCAUCAUUGUGCCACCACCACUGUGCCACCAUCACUGUUCCUCCACCAUUGUGCCACCACCAUUGUGCCACCAUCAUUGUGGCUCCAUCAUUGUGUCACCACCAUUGCGCCACCAUCAUUGUGUCACCAUCAUUGUGCCACCAUCAUUGUGUCACAAUCAUUGUGCCACCAUCGCUAUUUGACCAUCAUUGUGCCACCGUCAUUGUGCCACCACCACUUUGCCACCAUCACUGUUCCUCCAUCAUUGUGCCACCAUCAUUGUGUCACCAUCAUUGUGUCACCACCAUUGUGCCACCAUCGCUAUUUGACCAUCAUUGUGCCACCGUCAUUGUGCCACCACCACUGUGCCACCAUCACUGUUCCACCAUCACUGUUCCUCCAUCAUUGUGCCACCAUUAUUGUGCCACCAUCAUUGUGGCUCCAUCAUUGUGUCACCACCAUUGUGCCACCACCGUUGUGCCACCGUCAUUGUGCCACAUCGCUAUUUGA